AUGGGUCUGUUCGACAACAUCUUUGGGGGCAUCAACGGGGUCAUCAAAGGGGCCCUCGGCUGGCUUUUUGACAUUACAGCAGCCCUGGCCCAGUCCGCUACCAACGGACGAUCACUCUAUGGUACUUUGCAGGCCAUCAUGUUCCCUCUUUUUCUUAAAAACAACCCCCUACCCAACGGCUUCCCAUGGGGAACCAGAACACCAACAAACACCAGCCCGUACACACAGUCGCCUAACACCGGCAUAAUUCGCCCGUAUGACUUCACCAUCAGUCGAGGAAUGUUGGCUCCAGAUGGAUAUCAAAAGCCCGUUCUUCUAGUCAAUGGAGCCUUCCCUGGGCCGACGAUUGAGGCCAACUGGGGGGACAUCAUCCAAGUCACCGUCCAUAACAAUAUCACCACGGACUCCAUCGGUGAGGCUGAAGGAACAGCUCUCCACUGGCACGGCUUCCUUCAGACCGCUACACCAUGGGAAGAUGGUGUGCCCGGUGUUGAUCAAUGUCCUAUCGCACCCGGAAAGAGCUACACCUACCAGUUCAAGGCCGAACUCUACGGAACUACCUGGUAUCAUUCCCACUACAGUGCUCAGUACUCUGGCGGUGUUACUGGACCAAUGAUCAUUUACGGACCAAACCAGAGGAACCAUGAUAUCGAUAUCGGCCCGGUUAUGCUCUCUGACUGGUAUCACCCAUCCUAUCUGGAUUUGGUGAAACAGACAAUGGCACCUCGUCAACCUCCGGUUUUCUCUGAUAAUAACCUGAUCAACGGAAAGAUGAACUUCGACUGUACCAAGGUUGCCCAAGGAGAUACCUCCAAGUGUACAAGCAAUGCUGGAAUCAGCAAGUUCAAGUUCACCACGGGCAGGACUCAUCGUCUUCGUCUCAUCAACAGCGGCUCCGAAGCUGUUCAGCGGUUUUCUAUCGAUGGCCACAACAUGACCGUGAUUGCGAACGACUUUGUCGAGAUCCAGCCAUAUUCUACCCAGGUUGUUACUCUUGGAAUCGGCCAGCGUGCCGAUGUCCUUGUCACCGCGAACGCGGGCAACCCCAAGUCGGCGUUCUGGAUUCGAUCCAACAUGACCUCGUGCUCCCUGACGAAGCAGCCCAACGCUGUCGCCGCGCUGUACUACGACCAGGCAGACACCAACAAGCAGCCAACAUCACAGGCCUGGAACAUCCCUGACCCAGGGACCUGUGCCAACGACGACCUGGCCAUCACGAAGCCCAUGUACAAGAUGACGCCACCUGAGCCUUCCAGCACAAACACCUUCGGCGUGAAGCUGUUCCAGAACGCAUCGGGCAACACGCUUUGGAGUUUCGACGGCGUCAGCAGCCGUGUCGACUACAACUCCCCGCCCUUGCUGAUGGCCAACGCCGGCAACCUGUCGUUUCCCGUGGAGGCGAACAUCCGGAACAUCGGCACCAACUCGAGCGUGAGGAUCAUUGUCCAGAACGACACCCCGGCCGCCCACCCUAUUCAUCUUCACGGGUUCAACAUGUACGUCCUGGCCGAGGGCCCAGGUUUGACCUGGGACGGCACCAUCGUGAACCCCGACAACCCGCAGCGUCGUGACGUCCAGCAGGUCCGCGCGAACGGGCACAUCGUGGUGCAGUUCGACCCUGACCACGCAGGAGUCUGGCCAUUCCACUGCCACAUCGCAUGGCACGCGUCCGCCGGCUUCUUCUUGCAGUUCCUCGUGCAGCCUGACAAGGUCAAGCAGCUCCCCAUCCCGCAGAAGGUCGCGCAGACUUGCAGGGAUUGGAGCGCGUUCACGGCUACGGACAUCCCUGAGCAGAUUGACAGUGGUGUAUAA